AGCAAGCAAUGCUAUGUUCAUUGAUCUGCAACUGUAUAUCUAAGGAAAUUUAAUAUAUGCAUGGCAUGUAAACCCCAUAGCUUUAUCUUUACUUUCCAGCUCAACGGACCAGAAAAUCAUGCUAGAAAAUUAUAUGUGUGUUGUAACACUAUCUCUUAUAUCCUACAACUAUGGAUGGUAUUCUUCAUUUGCAAGUUGCAACACAUAUAUGUGGACAGUGUCUUCCAACCAAUUAUUCAUCACAGCUACAUAGUCAACCAUACAGACCAGUAAGUACAUGUAAAUACAACUUCUCAUUGUUUACUUCACAAAACUUCACAACUGUCUUUGAUUGUUUUUUUCCAGUGAGCAAAACACCAUGGUGAGAAAUUGCGUUUUGAGAGAUUUUAUAAAUAUUGGGAUUUGUAGACUUUGCACUUGCUUUUAGUAAAACACACUCUCACAUAUGUGUAAAAACAAGAAAAAAAUCCAACUGGAGCAACAAUAGCAUUUUCGUACUUCCUCUUUUUCAGAGCUAAGAAUCAACUUCAGUCAUGAGUAAUUACAAAGUUGGACAUGUGUGAAAGGAAACCACAAUGCACAUGACUCCGCUGUUCCUCUUGACUUUUUAUGUACAAAGAGCACAGUCCAGGUUUGAGCAGAUCCUAAAGAUCAAAUGGAUGACAAACUUACAUUAAUGAACAAGGUUAUAAUUUAGGGCAAAACAAGCUCAAAAUGGCUACAUUUCCUCAUGUACCAGUACAUUUAAUCACACUGACUAUAAUGCUGUUAUUUGUACCUGGAAGGCUAGGCAACAUGGAAACUGACAAAAACUGUUAUGUGGACUUAGCCCAAGUUUUUUUCAGGUAUUGUCAAGCACAUUCCAUCACAGCAACUUCAGAUAACUUUGUUACUUACAAGAAUCCUGAACUCAGUACAUGGAAAAUUGGACUAUCUAGAUAUAUUGAAAUCAACAUUAAUGGUACAAAGAUAAAAGACAGAAAAUAUUAUAAUAAUUAUCAAGAAUCUCUUGAUGAUAAGCCAAAUCAGAACAGGAGAGACAAACCCUAUAAACUAGCAAUGAGAGCAUAUGGGCAUGGAUUAGGAAAUAAAAUGUUCAUGUAUGCUUCAAGCUUUGCUGUGGCUCAGUGGAACAAGAUGGAAUUCAUUUACGACAAUCCAAGAAAAGAAAUAGAGAGUAUUUUCCAGCCCACAGCAAGGAUACUCCACUAUGAGCCCAAUCUCACUGACAGCUUUCUUCAACUGAAAACCUACACCUGCUGUGAGUUUUAUCCUGCUUUAAAAAGUCUCCCUCCAGAGAACAUUCACCUGUCUGGCUACUUACAAAGUUGGAGGUACCUAGAACCAUGGGAAAAAGAUGUACGAAGGGAGUUUACAUUUCAAGACCACAUACAGAGCACAGCCAGAGAGAGCCUCUUAAACAUGGUUGCUCAGCUGACUGAGACAUCAGAAAAUCAAACUUUUAUAGGGCUUCAUGUUAGAAGAGGAGAUUUCACCUACGACCAAAAUCUGAUAUCCCAUGGCCACAAAGUUGCUGAUGCAGCAUACAUUCAUAGAGCAAUGGCUUACUUUAAAGACAGAUACCCUGAUUCUAUCUUUAUUGUCUGCAGUGAUGAAAUGCCAUGGUGUAAAAAGAAUAUCCCAGACACUGAUGGCAAUGUAGUUUUCACUGAAGAAAGUAACCCAGCGUACGUAGACCUGGCUAUUCUCUCCCUGUGUAAUCACACAAUAAUGACAGUGGGGACUUUUUCAUGGUGGGCUGCCUGGCUUGCUGGGGGAGAAGCCACUUACUAUGCUGACUGGCCACAGCAAGGGUCAGGAUUUGAAGGAUCAAUGAAUAAGAGUGAUUAUUUUCUGCCUCAUUGGAUUGGACUGUGAAAUAAUUAAUUUCUGUGAUAGAAAGUUAAUCAUUGGACAUUUUCUAACAUUCUGAUAUUUGUUAAACCUGGGACCCAUUUCACCAGCUCCUGGCUGCAGCUAGGUAUAUCACAAUGCGCCAGGGGCGCCACAGUAGCCACUGUCCAGCUGCAGUACUGGCAAAACUGUGACCAGCCUGCUCACAGGUUGCUUGUGACAUCCCUUUCAAAUCUCUCUUUUAGAGCUGUGUAAUUUAUACCAUAUAAAAGUUCAGGAAAUUUUACAAUCUAAUGGGGAAAAAAAAACCUUUAUGAUAAUUGAAUAAUGAGAAGUAUAGUUAAUCUGAUGCGCUGGGCAGUGGUCACAGGUCUUUGGGUGUAAUAUAGCAGUUUUAAAAACUUCUAUAUCUUUGUUGCUUGUAGGAAUAUUUUAAAAAUUCCAAAAGAAUUGCAAUCUGUUUUGCAUUACCUUUCUGAAGAUAUAAAUAUUAUAUUUUUCUGAUCAGUUUGAAUUUUUUCUGAUAUACCCCAGUAUCUAUCCUGGCUUUUUCAAUGCUGAAUACCAACUGAUGUUACAUUCAAAAGUUCAAAGUUGAAAAUGUAUAUUAGUAUAUUUUUUUAAUUUCAUGUAAUUCUUACAGGUAUUAUAUUGAUGGCUACAUCAAAGCUUUACAUAGCACACAGUUUCCUUACACAACCAUAAGUUAUUUAGUGGUUUUUAAACAUUAUAACAUAUGACUAAUGACCAGAGCUAUAAUCAAGUAAGUGAACGUGACCCUACCUGAAACCAAGUUUUAAAAAUAUCCAUUAUUCUUUCUAGCCCUAAAUUUGCAAAUAAUAUAUUUUUUGCAAAUAGUGAUUGCUAUUAAUUAUUCUGACACUGAAUACAUACAUGUUAAUAGAUUAGGUACAUGUACAGUAUAUGUAUAUAUAGUUCUACAAAGUCCACUUUCUGUUGAAGACUAUAAUAUGCAUGUGCAAUAACUCUCCUUUUAAAAAUUCUAAAAAUGUGUUAUAUGUGACCUACAUGUAAUGCAGCACCCAAGUAAUACCUAAGGCUGAGGGGAAUGUGUGGGAAUU